ACGUCUCGGUACAAAUUCCUUCCGGUCUCAACUUCUCACAGAAAGAAAAUGGCGGCUCUCGGACGCUUUUCUCAAUUAUUGUUGAGAUCUUCUCUGGCCCAGACUCGGCGCCAGCUUUCUGCUGUAGCCGAGCAUGGCGAGCACUCAGCUAAAACAUGGAAGAUCCUCACCUUCGUGGUUGCCCUGCCUGGUGUUGGGGUGUGCAUGCUGAACACGUUUUUGAAAGAGCAGCAGCAUAGCCAUGAGCAACCAGAGUUUGUCCCAUACCCCCACCUUCGCAUCCGUUCCAAGCGUUUUCCCUGGGGAGAUGGCAACAAAACACUCUUUCACAACCCACAUGUGAAUGCCCUUCCUGAUGGUUAUGAGGGGCACGACGAUUAAACUCUCCAGACCUCAUUUAAGCUCAAGUCUUUUAACAUUUUGUUACAGGACCACACUCGCAUUUUUCCAGUUUACCGUUUCCAGUUUUAUCUUGUUUACCUCUGUGCUCUUAACAUGCGGCACCUGAAACAAUAAUUCCACAGCUCUGGAUCAUUAGACAAAAUGUCAGCUUAAACUGAAUGAACAUAAAUAAAGUAACUAUUAUUA